AUGAAGUCAGUAAAUAAAAAACAUUCUCCUCUCUCUCUGCUUUUUCUUUUUUUCCUUCUUUUUCAUAUUUUCUUUUUUACUUUUCUUCUUUUACUUUUCUUCUUUUUCUUUUCAUUUUUCUUUCUUGCUUUCAUUCUUUCCUUUUUCUUUUUUUUUUUUUUUCUUUUCCAUUUUUCUUUUUUUUUAAAUUUUUUGCUAAAAAAUUUUUUCUUUUUUAUUCUUUUUUUUCUUUUAUUUUUUUCUUUUCUUUUUUUUCUUUUUUUUUUUCUUUUUCUUUCUUUUUUCUUGCUUUCAUUUUUCAUUCUUUCUUUUUUUCCUUUUACUUUUUUCUUUUACUUUUUACUUUCUUUCUUUCUUUCUUUUUGUCUCACAUCUUAUUUAAUGGAACAUAUACAACACUCAAAAAGAAAAAAGGCAUCCCUGUUAGGAAAGCAGAAAGACAGCCUAUGCAUUAGACAUGCAGAUUUAAUUAAAAUGCCUGACAGCAUGGAUUUUUAG